UAUCAUUCAUUUCAUCGAUUGUUGAACUUUUUCCCAACCAGCGAGAUGCGACCAGGGUUGGUUCCUGCAUUGAGCGAGUUCGUUACUCCGUAUCCCUCCCCAUUAUCAUUAGGUGUUGUCUUGAAUCAACGAGACAGUCACAUACGGUACAUGUACUGUACUGUACAUGCAUGGUAUGGAGUCACACCAUAGGGCGUGUCAUACGACGACUCUGAAAACAUUUUUCUUAGCUCCCCUGAUUUGAAUUCCAAGACUCCCCAGGACUGGCCAACAUCUGGCAGCUCAGUCGAAAUGUCGGACCGUGAUGAAUCAACAUACGACGACAUGUCUCAUGUGACCUUGACCAAGAGUCAUCAUGUGAUUACAAAUGGUGGGGUAGAUUCGCAUAGAGUGUGGCGGAAUCUGAGAGAGUGGCGUCGGAACCAGAUGACAAACUACGAGAUGUGGCUGUGCGAGGGAGCCAGCGCGAGGGGGAUACGUAUCCAUUCACAUCAAAACAAAUGGGAGGAUCGGCGGGGCUGGACUACGUCAGUGGAACCCUUCGAGAGGUCGAAAAAAACUUGUGCGUGCUGGGCUAGGCUAAGAUUUUCCUGAGCAGCGUCAGAGCCCAAGGAAUUGAAAGAGCCUAUUGGGCACCGGUUCUGAUGGGCCCCUAUCGGCGUCAGAGCCCUGCAGCCCUGGACGCAAACUGGCCUUGGCCCUUGAACCCGAACCUUGAACAAACCUAAAAUGAUACGUACCAUUGCUUCGUACGGGCAUGCAUCUCUGGAUUCCCCGGAGUGGGAGUCGACAUGUCCGUUGCGGGAGGCUUGGGGGCUUUGUUGAGUCUCGGGGCCUAAUUAGUCAGUCAGUCAGUCAUCACCUCGCUAUUCGGUUUGUUCGUCUCGCAAGGAGGGAGAGGAAGAGGGACGGGAUAUUUGAAAUCAAGAGGAGAGGAUUAUGUAUUGUAUGGUCUUAAAUUAUCGUCAGUGCACGGCGGUGAUUGAGAAGGGACUGGAAGCGACCUGAAGCAGCGGGAAGAUCAGCAGCCAUGGCCAUAUUUUCGAAUGGUGACAGACAGACAUCAUCAUCAUCAUCAGCAUCAUCAUCCAUGAUCAAUCAGCCAUCAUUGAUCUAUUAUUUCAAGUGCACACACACACAUACACACACACAUACCUAGGCCUACCUUACCUACGUAGUAGUUAUUGUGUCGCAUAACUGCCAAUCCGCCGCUGACCUAGGGGGGAAAAACGAAGCAAGACAACGGCCUCGAGUCUGGCGUGACGAUAUACAUUAUCCACACACCACGACAUACUGACUGUACUUACCUACCGUGGUACAUUAAUUACUUCACAACCUGUUGAGGUUGCAUGCCACACGCACACAGCACCCACCCUCAUCGCAUCGAAUUGUCCAAGAGUCAUCAAGCCCACACCACCAUCACAUAUACCGGGUUACAUACCGCAAAUCGACCUCACUCACUCCCUGCUGCGGUACCGUCUUCCACGGCUGCUGCUGGGCCAUACAUACAUGCGCUAGGUACUCAGCGAUUCUUUCCAGAUCCCGGCCUCGGUGCUGUCCUGUGCAUCAUCGAGUGGGCCCAGGGUCUUUUUUAGUCUCGGCCCGGUGGGGGUGCACCUAGUGACUUCAUCGGACUCCAGCACUGUACUGUACCUCCCUCCAUACGGGCUACUAACCUUACCUUUCUUUACCUUACCUUAUCCAUCAGUAAGUCUUUUGGCUUCCAUCGCUCACACCUUGUUGCUCAUCUGAGCGGUCCCUGCUUUCUUUAAAAAGCGACCACUCCCGCCUUUCGCCACUUUCUCUCAACUCUAAACAUAAACUCAUCUUUUACAUCACCAUGUUAUCGAUCCCUCGACUACAUCAACAGCAACUUCAGCUCCAACAACAACUGCAACACAACUCUUCCCACUCCCAGCACCACCAGCAGUAUCCCUAUUCUCCGAACUGCCAGACCGAAUACAACUCUGCCCUCUACUCUGAUCUUCCUCGAUCGACUUACGAAGACGACAUCACUGCUUUGAGUCAACAACUUCCCACCGACCUCAUGCAGCCAGAAACUUGGGGAGCACUUGCCCAACAGACUCACAGGUUACCUCGUGGUGGGACUCACCAGCGCGAGUCUUCUUUGUCGUCCUUAGGGUCUUCAACAGCUGGGCCUGCCUCGCCCUUCAACCACAACACAUCGAACCCACAUAUUGCAAUCACCGACACAAACGACCAGGGCAAUCCCUCAUAUUAUCAUCUGGCCAAGUCCAUGGCUCCCUAUGCUGGAUAUCAGACUUGCGGAGGCUUGGAGCAGAAUGCUAUGCCUGAAAUGGCAUAUCCAAUCACUCUGUCAGGACCAAGUAGCAAGCCAAGGAUGGACCGGACCUUGAUGCAAGCUCCCGACUUCUCUGGUGGCUCAUCACGGUCACACCCUGCCUCAGUGGCGAGUUCCAUCGCGGGUGACUCACCUGCGACUCCUACAGUUGGCGAAGCAGAUAACUCAGAGAGGAGGCGAAAAGGUUUUGCCAACGCCCCAAAACUUGACAGAACUAUGACAGACGUUUAUGCAGACGAACUCUACAGCCCCAACUUUGCCAUCACAUCAACUCCUCCCUCGCAAACUCAGGUAUCUUUGUCACCUACAAACGAUGUCUUCAGUCAGCGACUCACGGCCGCCAACAACCAGCAUCUAAGUGCUGCUCAAUCGCCAGUCUCUAGCAGCUCGCGAGAUAGGUCACCCUUCAGAACUGGCUCACCUCUCGCACCUUCUCCCGCCCAUGAGUUUGGCAACCAUGGACUGUCACAGAACUUGACAUUCAACAGCGCACAGCGCAUGCGCGAGCAGAACAAGGCACACCAAGAUGCUCAGGUCAUGCGUCAACAGAUGAACAUGAAGCAGGAGCCCGAGACUCCCAAAACCAUUUCUCCAAAGGAUGCUAUUCUCGAGUUCAAUGAGUCUGAGGGGGACAACAAUUUCCCUUUAUUUCCUCAGAGCUCUUCAGGCUUUGAUCUGGACCACUUUCCAAAGUCAAUGGUUAGCUCUCAAGAAUCUAUACACGACACGCACAACCAAAACCACUUCAACUUCCUGUCAUCGCACGCAGCCAAUGGAAUCUCGGUGCCUCAACAAUACCCGUUUAUUGCGCACCCGCGGAUGAACCACGAGACACCACCUUGCUUGAGCUCCGCUGGGUCGAGCUCGAACGAAUCGCGCAAUGUCACUCCUGCAACCCGCCCCGGCAGCACUGCUGCUGAUGGCGGCACUUACACUUGCACAUACCACGGCUGCACAUUACGAUUUGAAACCCCAGCGCUACUUCAGAAGCACAAGCGGGAAGGCCACCGACAGACGCAGAACCUUGGGCCUUCGCAGCCUCGCAACAUGGGUAUGACAUCUGCACUGCUGAACACCCAGGCAGGCCCCCAUCGUUGCGACAGGAUCAACCCAAGCACUGGCAAGCCCUGCAACACUGUCUUCUCUAGACCCUAUGAUCUCACUCGCCAUGAGGACACCAUCCACAACGCCCGCAAGCAAAAGGUGCGAUGUGAUCUUUGCACUGAGGAGAAGACAUUCAGUCGUGCGGAUGCUCUAACCAGGCACUAUCGCGUAUGCCAUCCGGACGUGGAACUUCCGGGCAAGCAUCGUCGACGAGCCGGUGCUUGAGUUGCACCCGUGGCGUGCUAGCAUGCAUGCUUUGCCCCUGACGACGGCCCAAGCUAAGUCACCCCAGGAUUGACGCCGUGCCGUUACAGUACUCCAGAUGAUGCCGCAUGACGUUGACCAUCGUCGAAACAAGGCUUGGCGGGUUGUGGACCGAUCACCGCAAGGCUUGAGAUUACUUGAAUCGGGUUGGUCGACAAAGUGCCAAACCGAUAGCGUCCUGGGCUCUAGUGCGGGCAGGUGGGUCCAAGGGUCCCUUCCUGCAGGAAGGGUCCUUUCCGGUCAAUCUGGCUACGUCAUGGGGCAUCCACAUAUUACGGUUGUGACAUCAUAUGGGCCCACACAAGUCUCAGUCACCGACCAGUAUCCUUCCCCCUCCCCGACAUCCCCUGAUGAUGACAUGGCGUCCGUCAUGGACUGUCACUGUCAUUCGUUGUCAUUGUACAUUACGGUAUCCUGAUUCUAGUUGUUUCGGUCAUCCAAGGUCAUUUCCUAUGCGACUUGCAUUGCAUUGCAUUGCAUGCAUGUAUUUAACUAUCUAUUACUCGUACCAGGUCAACUGGCUGGCCAGAACCACCUUAUGUCUGUUAUGGAAAAAUUGGAAUGGGUCGGAUUUUAUUGGGUUGAUUGGUAACUGGUCUAGAUAAAAAGAAAACAGGAGCGUUUGGGUUUUGUUUACUACAGCGAGCUUUGUCUUUGUCUCUUUGGAGCAGAUGAUACCUGGGAUUGGAAUUCGAGUCGAGUCGUUUCCGCGAGUUGAAACGUCAUGAUGCCUGAUGAGUGCAUUGACAGGAAGAACAGAGUAGACACCAAUAGCGCUUUCAGCUGUUGCACAGUCUGCUGUACUUUGUUAUUUGGAGAUAAGCGACAAUUAUAGAUUAUAAUGAUGUAUGGUAUAAUGCAACACAACCGAAAAAAUUACCUUAUCAGAAUUAAAGACUUGCAAUUUCUUCCCCCAGCGCCUACGCACCUAAUGUUGGCAGCCGUAUG